AUGGUCAACGGAGGUGUACAUGCUACACACACCAUUCAGCCAGUUGAAGUUCAUAUCAAUGGAGACAAGGCAAUCUCCGAGUCCACUGGCAGUAUCAGUAUCCGCUUCACUCUAGACGACGAGGACUAUGACUGUGUUUCAUAUACGCGAUUUAUUUCCCGAUUUCAACGGGUCGAAAGCGAAUGGAAGAUGUUAACCCUUGAGGCCGUCUAUGAGCGCGACUCAAUUGUUCCAGUCACGCCAGUUCCUCCGUCUGUAGGAAAUCCGAAAUUGGUCUCGACUGGUGUACGGGAUAGUUACCGGUGGAUUGGAUGGCUCUUGAGCCGAAAGGGCUUUCAGAUAGACCCCAAUUUACCAGGUAUUGACCGCCCAGCCUUUGUAACUAAGCUAAUGGAGGAAUCUUGGUCUUGGUUGGAAGAUUGUCAAGCAGAAAAAAAUCAAUGA